UAGAUAAAUGAAUUUUUCUGAGGUGUUUACUCCUAUUUUAGGUCACACUGUCAUGAGUCACGCGUGUGUUUUUCUCCACACAUUCAUCUCUUUUCUGCCGAGUCCAAUGUAGAAUGUGAGGAGCUCAAGCGUAUCCCUUCAGUGUAGGAUGCCAGGCCCCAGCACACGUUUAUUUUUAUUGUAGCAUUCAUCCAUCCACCCAUUUUCAUGACUUUUUUCCUCCACUGUAGGCUGUUGGGCGGUCUCUUUCUAUCUGAUAUGGCAGGACGCACUCAUAUUUUUAAUUUUCCGUUAGUGUUUUUUCCUCAUUUUGACAGCUCUCUGCUCUUUGGCCGUGGCCCAGCUCUGACCUCAGCGCACUUUUAAUUUUCUCUUUUUUCACUCGACCACCUCUGCUUUCCUUUUACGGGUUUCCAGCCGCAGGUCGGCCUGAUACAGUUGGCGGUGCCCACGUGUGUGACAUGUUGUUAAAGGCCACCAGUUCUUACAGUAGGUGACAUCAUAUGUGGCCCACAUGUAAAAAGAAGUUUCCUCUCUUUAAACGGCCCACCUUAGAGGGGGAACUCGUUUCUCUUACUGCCUUUCAAGGGAAUUUCCGCUGCGGCCGGCUGACUGGUUCACUUGGCAGGAGCCGCUGGCUGAAGGAGGAGGGGAGUGGGGGGUCUGCCUUCUGAUACUGUGCAGCUGGAGAGCCUGAGGUAAGAACACUCAGCUGACAGUUACUGAAGUGAGAGGGAAGCAGCGCUCGGGGGUCCGGGCCACUUACGACAGGAGACGUUUUCUCUGCAGGGGUGACUGCCCAGCCAGACGUGACGCUGCUGCCUUGAUCUCCAUCAUCAGUCCAUUGAUUGGGAUGAACUGCUGGACGGCCACUUUCAGACUGGCGGAGUCCCUGCUGGGCCUGGUGGGCUGUGUCUGUGUGGUGUAUGCAGUCUGGCAGCCUUACUGGCUUGGCGAUGAGGGGCUUUUGAUCAAAGCCGUUAAUGUCACCGCAGCCGGAGCUGAUCACAGUAGUUAUAGUGGACUGACAGACUUUAGAGCUUUGGCCACUGAACAAAUAUUUGCCAUCCUGUCAUCCUUCCUCGCUCUCUGUAGUGGCUGCAUCUGCCUGGUAGUCAUGUGCUGUAUGCCAUCGAGCUGGACCACGAGGUCGAAAGUCUCUCACCCCCUGGUACACACCCACAAGGUUCUUCAUCCCGGGACCCUGUUGAUGGUCAUUCUGAUUCCAACAGGCGUCUUUUUCUUCAUAAGUUGGUUGAUAUUCACCCUUCACCAUCGACAGGACAUUGCCAGUGACAUCACGCAGCUUGGCUCCUGCUAUUGGUUCGGCUUAUCAGCGUGGGUCCUACUCCUGCUGUUCUUCCCCAUGGUCUACUUUACUGAGUUGUAUGCAGGUUAUAAGAUUGCGGACAAAAUGAAAUACUUACUCAAGGAUUCUCUAACUCUCGAAGACUGCUAGACCCUAAAGUCACAAGCUGAACUAUUGCAGAGCUGCAGUCAGCAGCAUUAAAGUCAAAGGGACCACUGGCCUCUAAGCGGGGUGGACUGCGUGUAGAGAAGGAAGAUAGUAGAGCAGUUCCGAGGGCAAAUGGCUUCUUGUUAAUAAGCCAAAUUAAUGUUACUAAGGAUAUCCAACAGCGGCUGCUCAGGUCGUGUCUCUUAAAUUAUGUGCGGACAUUUUGUGAGAUAUUCUAACUUUGGAAUGUCUAGGCAGCUCAAAAAUGAAAAAACAAAAAAAAUGAUCACUAUUAUUAUAAAAUAGCUGCCAAAUACUUCCAUCUUCUUGAGGAAGUAAAAUUGAAAGUAGAGCUACUUACUAUGUGGUGCACAGAAGCGUUCAUUGUCAUUUCCGUGUUUCACGGACUGUAUGCCACCAGGCGGCACCCAAAGCAACUGCCACCUCUCCCCGGUCUGCACAAAUAGCAGCACGCCCGGCUCCAAUGGCUACAAACUUACCUAUGCUUUACAAAAAUGGCUGCAUAUUUGUACUAGUAAUAGGAUGUCAGGGCUUAAAGGGUUAAAAGAAUGAGAACUUUUAAAACAAUCAAUCAAAAAAAAAAAAAAAA